UAACCCGUUUUUAGUCAAUAUAAUCUAAGAUUAUAGACUAAAUUAAAAUGUAAGUGUAUGUGUAGUCACAGAUUAAAGACUGUACGCGUGAGAUUUGAGAGACUAAAAUAAGCUGAUUCUGUAAUAUAAGGAUCAAAAGAACAUGAACUAGAACUUGUUUGCAAACGAGCCAAUUUCUUGCAAAAUAAACUUACUUCCACCGAGUAUGCUAUGUUUGAAUGGUGAUAUGAAUUUGAUGUAAGCUGUCCAUGUUUGUUGGUCCUAAUUGAUGUAUUGAUAUUAAGCUAAAAAUUGUGAUUUCAAAACUAAACAGUUAUUUUGAGUCAUUGCUUGAAUUUUAUGUUUCGAAAGGAAGUGUAAAGUUGGUAAUUCCUUUGAUGUUUUUAUGUGGGGCCAGUGAAAUUGGAAGGCCCCGGUACAUAUUAUUUUGCAUAUUUUUGAGGGAAAUAUAUAUAAAAUAAAAGAGAAUGUGAGUUUGUGGUGGGAAGUGAUAGUUGGAUGGGCAUUGAUGUCCCAAUGUGAGUCUCUCGUAUCAAACACCAUCUUCUUCCAUAUAUUUUUGUUUUCUCUGUAUACAGAAAAUCGUUCGUCACAUCUUUAUUUGUUCCUAACUCCGGCAACCCUUUUGGGUGGAGAUGAGUAACAGUGAUUGGGUGUUGGAUUAUGAUUAUCUAGACAGCAUUUCUUUCCCCACUCUACACCCACCCAAAUUCUCUUGGUCUUCUUCCUCUCCUCCUCCCACCUUCAGUGCGGACGUAGAUGACCCAUUGGGAAUUUCGGAUGGUUUCAAGGAAAACGGGUCAAAGAAACGUCUGAGGUCACCUAGUUCCAAAGCAUGUAAAGAGAAAAUGAGAAGGGAUAGACUCAAUGACAGGUUUUUGGAACUGGGGUCUGUCCUGGACCCUGCAAGGCCUCUCAAAAUGGAAAAGGCUGUUAUAUUAAGUGAUGCAGUUCGAAUGGUGUCUCAGUUACGAGAGGAAGCUCAGAAGCUACGAGAGUCCAUUAAGAAUCUACAAGGGAAAAUCAAUGAACUGAAGGCUGAGAAGAAUGAGCUUCGUGAGGAGAAGCAGCAACUAAAAGCAGAAAAAGAUAACCUUGAGCAGAAGAUUGAGGCCUUUAAGUCACAACCUAGCUUUCUUUCUGCAGUUCCUGCACCAGGACAAGUUGUUGGUAGAAAGUUGGUGCCCUUCAUGGGCUACCCAGGAGUUGCCAUGUGGCAGUUUUUACCACCUGCUGCUGUUGACACCUCACAGGACCAUGUACUCCGGCCACCGGUUGCAUAACUCGUCAAAGACACUUUUUUUGGAGAAACGGAAUUUAUCUUCACUUUUUGUGCUAUUGCUUUUGCAUUUGUGAAAUGUAGAAGAAAAAGUCUUACUGAUUAUAGAGGCAACUUUAUGAUAACUAACCAACCAGCUUUCGGUGAA